AGACCACGUGUUUCCUGUGUUUCCACCGUAUCCUACAUGUGAAGCAGGGUGUCUUGUAAAUAUAGGGGAUUCAGCUAGCGAAAGGUGUGAAAAUGGUUCGUAAAUUAAAGUACCAUGAACAGAAGCUGUUGAAGAAGGUGGACUUCAUCAACUGGGAGGUGGACAACAACCUGCACGAGGUCAAAGUGCUGCGGAAGUAUCGCAUCGAAAAGAGGGAGGACUACACCAAGUACAACAAGCUGAGUCGUAACAUUAGAGAUCUGGCCCAGAAAAUUAGAGACCUGGAUGAGAAGGAUGGCUUCAGAGCUCAGAGCACACAUCGGCUACUGGAAAAACUGUACAGUAUCGGCCUCCUUCCCACCAAACAGAAUCUGUCGCUCACGGAGAAAGUCACAGCUUCUUCAUUCUGCAGGAGGCGCCUGCCCAGCAUCAUGCUGAACCUUCGCAUGGCUCAGAACCUGAAAACAGCCAUCACCUUCAUUGAACAAGGACACGUACGCGUUGGCCCAGACAUCGUCACAGACCCGGCAUUUCUAGUCACAAGAAAUAUGGAAGAUUUUGUCACCUGGGUGGACUCCUCCAAGAUCAAGCAGCAUGUCAUGAAUUAUAACGAUGAGAGGGACGACUUUGAUCUGGUGGCAUAAGUCUGUUGUCCAACAUCCAUCUGGAACACUGAAGGACAGGAAAGAGACACGAGCUCUGAUCUUGUAACAGUGGUGUGAAUAACUCUACAACCCAGGAGUCAAUAGUCUGAAUCUUCUAUCAACUUACAAUUGUGGGAAGAAAACAAGUGUCAUCUGAGCAUGGACAGAAGGAGCGCACCUCUCUUUUGAUGUCUAAAAUCGGAUCGAUUGACAGUUGAUCUCGGAGUCUGUAUUCAUGCCUGUCAAUACCACCAUUUGACUAUUUACUCUAAACUUGCUCAGCCACCAGAAGCACUAGAGCACAGUCUCAGUUUUCCAGCAGAGCCACUCCGACACUGGCCACCAUCACACUUGUUGUUCAGAGCAGCUUCCAGAGUUACAUAGGUGUGACUCCACACUAUUUGCUCUGCCUCAUGUGUUCUUUGUGUAAACAUCAUCUGGCUUCACUGGGUUAAUGUGUAUGAGACCACGGACAUGCUGGUUUAUAAGUGUGUAGAUACCAUAAAGACUUGUAUUCUACUUGUCAUAAAAACAGCUGUAAAAUAGAAACUACAAUUUGAUAAAUAUUUAAUCUUUUCAAUAAGAACUUGUUACAAUGUAAACUUUCUGAACAAUAAACAUUUUAUCACAGU